AUGGGCUCUGAAAAGGACGUCGACGUGCACCCCGUGGAAGACGUUGCGGCUGAGACUGCUCAUCCGGUGACCAUGAACAAGGAGGCGGACAAUGUAAACAGCCGCGUCAUUGACGGCGCGCGCGCGGCGGCCGAGAAGGAGCGCAAGAUGACCCUCAUGCAGGGUCUGCGCCUCUACCCCAAGGCAGUCGCAUGGAGCGUCCUCAUCUCGACCUGCAUCGUCAUGGAGGGCUACGACAUUACUCUGGUCAACAACUUUUAUGCUUUCCCCCAGUUCAACAGAAAGUAUGGUGAGCUCACCGACAAGGGCACGUACGAGGUUCCGGCGCGCUGGCAAGCCGGCCUGAGCAACGGCGCCCAAGUCGGAGAAAUUAUCGGCCUCUUCAUCAACGGUUUCGUCUCCGAGCGCUUCGGCUACCGCUGGACCGUCAUCGGCUGCCUCGCCCUCGUCGCCGCCUUCACCACCAUCUUCUUCACCGCGCAAAACGUGCAGAUGCUCCUGGUCGCCGAGAUCCUGUGCGGUAUCCCCUGGGGCAUCUUCCAGACGCUGACCAUCACCUACGCCUCCGAGGUGUGCCCCGUUGCGCUGCGCGGCUACCUCACGACCUACGUCAACUUUUGCUGGGGCCUGGGCCAGGAGAUCGGCAUCGGCGUCAUCUUCUCCAUGCUCAAGCGCGAGGACGAGUGGGCCUACCGGAUCCCGUACGCGCUGCAGUGGAUGUGGCCGCUGCCCCUGGCCAUCGGCAUCUACUUCGCGCCCGAGUCGCCGUGGUGGCUCGUCCGCCGUGGCAAGAUGGACGAGGCGAAGCACUCGCUGCUGCGGCUGACGAGCAAGAGUGAGGAGAGUGAGUUCGACCCGGACGAGACGAUCGCGAUGAUGGUGCACACGACGGCGAUGGAGGAGAAGAUGACGGCGGGCGCGUCCUACUGGGAUUGCUUCAAGGGCGUGGACCUGCGCCGCACCGAGAUCGUUUGCAUGGUCUGGGCGAUCCAGAACCUGAGCGGCAACUCCUUCUCCAACUACUCGACGUACUUUUUGAAGCAGGCGGGCCUGACGGAUCACGACUCGUACUCGUUCGCGCUCGGCCAGUACGCCAUCAACAUGGUGGGCGUGUUCGGCGCCUGGGGCCUGAUGUCGAUGGGCGUCGGCCGCCGCUCGCUGUACCUGUACGGGCUUUGCGGCCUGUGCAGCAUGUUGUUCAUCCUGGGCUUCCUGGGGCUGGUGCCGGAAGCGCAGCGCAGGGAGGGGGCGCUGGCGACGGGCGCCGUCAUGGUUGUGUGGGCGCUCUUCUACCAGCUCACCGUUGGCACCGUGUGCUACUCGCUGGUGGGCGAGCUGUCAUCGCGUCGCCUCCAGAUCAAGACGGUCGUUCUCGGCCGAAACUUGUACAACAUCGUCGCCAUCAUCAACAACGUCAUCACGCCGUACAUGCUCAACCCGACGGCGUGGAACUGGAAAAACUACGCGGGCUUCUUCUGGGGCGGCAUCUGCUUUCUGUGCAUCGUCUACGUCUACUUUCGGCUGCCGGAGCCGCGAGGCCGCACGUUUGCGGAGCUGGACGUGCUGUUUGAGAAGGGCGUGAGCGCGCGCAAGUUCGCGUCGACCGAGGUGGACGUGUUUGGCGAGAAUGUCGAGCAGGACGUGAUGAAUGCGUACGACGAGGUGGAUCGCGGCAAGGGACAGUUUGUUUGA